AGUUCCCACUGCUACCACCAUAACUAUUUAUCCACCUUCAUUCCUAGUCCUCAUUCAUGUAAAGACUGCCUCUCUUUUCUUUACUCACUACUUUUCAACCGGGUUUCCUCACCUUCUACUUCACAAUUCUAAUUCUUGAGUUUCAAGCUUUGUAAUAGAAGACCAUGUCUUCCAUGUUAGGCUCACAAGGCGUGGUCUUUGCCACGGCCAUGGCUGUCUCCGGUACUGUCCUCCUCCUCGCUUUUCGCCUCCAGAAACCGGCUGAUCACCACCAAAUUUCUCAGUCAUCACCCCAAGCUCUACGAUCUUGUAUCUCUUCUGAGAAGAAGAGGAAGAGCAAGAAGAAGAGGGUGCACUUUGCAAAGGACGUGGUGGAUCCAAUUGGGGAUGGAGAAGAGUUCAGAAGGCAGAUCAUGUCUGCUUCUUCUUCGUCGUCAUCAGCAUCACUAAACUUCAAAAAGACAAGUGGCGGUGCUCAGAAAUAUAAAGGAAUGCCGGCAAACCGAGUGGCUCUCUAUAACGGAAUGCUAAGGGAUCGUGUAGUUCAUCAUCGAUUGGCCUACUCGCACUGAUCGAUCAUCCCUUAAUUCUCCCAUCUCUGUAUAUUCUGGGGUUUGAUUAGUUGUGUAUAACUAAAGAUUAGUCUUUUGUUAAAGUUUGUAAAUUAUUUUUCUUUUAUGGGGUUACAAGGAAUAUCCGGAAUUGUAAGGAAUCUAUGUGCCCAUAGGUUUUGGUAGUUCUUGCCGUUUAUAUGUUUUGUUAUAAUAUGAUUAGGACGGUGUAGGAUAUGGUUCCUCCUUCAAUAUAUAAUAUUUUGUUCA